AAGAAAUGGCUUUAAUAGAGUAUUCUGGAUUCAAAUGGGAAGAAUUGAAAUUAAGGAAAAAAAACUUUCUAGUAAGAUUAUUAGGAACAGGUUAAAGAUAAUAUAUUUAUGAUGGAGAAAUAAUUAGAACAGAAUAAUGUAUUGAAUAAUAUAAAAUUAUGAAUAGAUGAUAAUUUUUCAAACAAACCCGAUAUUAUGACAAAUAUUUAAGAAAUACAAAAUUUAUAUUGGAAUGGUUUAAAAUAGAAUGCUCAGAAAGUUGGAAAGUGGACUAUUUCUUGGGAUGGUGAGACUAUUGACGCAGGUGGUUAUUAUAAGGAAAAAGGAGGAUCUUUGGAAAGAAAAAAAUUUCAAUAAUAUGAUGUAUUACAACUAUUAAUAAGUUAGACGAUCAUGGAUAUUUGAAUUAGGAGAAUAUCAUAAUAAUUUGAAAUGUGGUAAAUGGAUAUAAAUCCUUAACAACUACUAAAUGUAUGUAAAAUUUAAUCAAUUAGAGGUGGCGGAUUAUUUAAUGAAGAAGGAUUAAAGAAUGGAACUUGGAUAGAAAUGAUUGAUAAUUGUGACAUUGAGUACUUAAAUAUUAUCUAUGUAAAGAUGGAGAAAUGUUGGUAACUACUAAAAUGGCAAAAAAAUUGGGCAGUGGAACACUAAGAUAACAAAAGAUGUAAAUAUGUAAAUUUAAAUAUUAAUUAUAAUUUUAUAAUUGAAUAAAUGCAGAAGUGGAGAAUAUUAUGAUAAGAAUGGAAUAAAAGACGGAUGGUGGAUAGACUUAAUAGAUAGAUGGAUAAUGUAUUAUUAUUUAUAAAAUAAUUAAGAAAUGAUGAUGUGAUAACAUGUCAGGGUUUUUAUCGAAAUGGUAAAAAAUUUGGUAAGUCGAACACUAUUGCACAUAAUUUUAUAUACAUGUAAAGCUCAUUAAUUUUAAUAUUUUAUUUUCAUAAAAUGAAAUAGAACUAAGGGAUAUUAUAAUUUUAAUGGGAUUAAGGAGGGAAAAUGGAUAGAGUUAGUUGACAAUUUCUCAUUGUACAAAAUAUGCAUAUUUAAUAGCUAGAAUUAAAUCUCUUCCUAAGGAUAAUAUAAAAAUGAUAAAAAAAUUGGAAUUUGGGAUACCAUUUCAGAAUAAAAUUAAGUAAUGUAAGAAAUUUUAUGAAAAAUUUAUAUUUAAAAUAGAGGGAGUGGAAUUUAUAAUAAUGGAUAAAAAGUUGGUUAUUGGAUUGAAAUAAAUGAUGAUUUUGUUCAGUAUUAAAAAAUAGUAAUUCAAGGAAUUUAAUAAGUUAUCAUGGAGUAUAUAUAUCUGGAAAAAAGUUUGGAAGAUGGGAAGCUAAAAAAGAAGGAAAAUAAAUAAAGUAAAUCUAUUAAUCUAAUUUAUAGUUGGGGAGGAUUUUAUGAUGAAAAUGGUAUCAAAGUUGGAGAUUGGUUUGAGAAUAUAGAAAAUCUUAAAGAGUAAUAGAGAAAAAUAAUAUAAUAUUAGGAUUAAAGAAGAAUUGAAUGAUCAUGGAGCAUAUAAAAAUGGAAUAAAAUAAGGUAGAUGGAAUAUAACUAGAGAAAAAAAAUAAAUUAUGUAUGAAUCACUAAUUUAUAUAUAAAUUCAUAUUAAUAGUGGGGGAGGAGUAUAUGAUGAAAAUGGUUUUAAAAAUGGAAAAUGGAGAUAAAAAAAUGAGAAUUCGAAAUUAUGGAUCUCUUAUUACUAUAGUUGUUAGGAAGAUUAAUGCUUUCAGAAUAACUAUAUUUAUAUUAAUAAAGAAACCUAUGUGCUCAUAUUUCCUAAUCUUAUUUAAUGA